CAUUCGACAUGGCGGCCACUAGAAGGAAGAUGGCAAAUUUUUUACAAAUAUUUGUUUCGACUGUCUUUAAUAAUAUUUAAUCGCAAUCGGAUGUCUUGCAGUUUUGAUGCCAAAUGGGGAAGCCCAUUUACCGUCAUUUUGCAAGGUGGAACAAGCAGUCUACCAGUAGUGGUCAGACACAGCACACCAUAGCAGAUCCAACAAGGCAAACCAUGUUCACGUGCACAAGAUGUUGUAAGACAUUUGCCCAGUCCCACUUACUGUUGCAGCACCUGUGCCACCAUCCUAGUGAGCAUCCGUACAAAUGUGCAAUUUGUCUUCGGAGAUUCUUCUGCUAUAAACAUCUGCACAUUCACGAAGAGGUGCAUGCAUCACAAAGGUGUCAUAGUUGUAAACAUUGCAAUGAAGUCUUCAGUUGGAGAGCCUAUAGGAAUCUACAUUUAGUCAGACAACAUCACUUGGUGCCACGAUUUAAAAAGAAAAUUUGUCGACGGAAACGGAGAUGGAGAUCUAAGCUUCCUAAUUCAGAAGACAGUUCAGAGACCUUCAGGGUUGUGAGCCUUGACAAUGGUUCGAAUAGAAUUAAAAUCAGGUUCAAGCUUCCAUUACCAGAGCAAAAAGAGGAAGAAGAAGUUGUACAAAGUGAACAAAGACCUGCCAUACCUAAGUUAAAAAUUGUGCAAAAUCAGAUAGUACGGACAGAUGUUGAAAGCUGUCAGGGAAAUGUUGAGAAUACUGAGAAGCUUAAAAAACCUAAAAGAAAUUACAGGAGUAGAAAGGCUGAAAGUGUGGUUCAUUCUCAUGAGGAAACACCAAACAGACGUAGCUCACUACGAAAACAGGAAAAAGACUCUGGUCAGGAUGAUGAAGUGACAGCGCGGGUUACCAGGUCACAAGUCAAGUCCUUAGAGACCAUAAAAAGUAAUGAGCUUCCAGUUACUGAUCAAAAAUUAAAUAAUUCAUCAAUACUGGAUAAAGGUAGUGAUGGCACUGAUGAACAAAGCUCAGCAUUUCCCAACAAAACAGGCAGCAUCAUACUGAAACUGAAACUAAGUCAUGGGAAAGUGAGAUUUGCAGAACCUGUCAGUGAAACUGUGUCAAAUGAACUCUCACCAGAGGUUGCUGAUGACAAAAAAACUGAAAAAGAGAAUGAUAUUGUCCCACCUGUGACAACCCCUGCAGUCCACGAUCCCUAUGAAUUUGAUUCUCCAUCUGAUGAUGAACCUCUUGUGACACUAUGUAGACCUGGUGGUGUGUCGAAUAGGUCUGAAAAAUUGGAGCAUCUCAAAGAGCCCAGAUUGAAUGGCACUGUGCCAUCCCCGGGGACUCCUAUGAGUGCCAUCAGGGUGCAUAAGUCACCUAGAAGUUUAUACGAGUCAUGGCAGAAACAAAAGCAACAGCAACCAUCUAAGUUGUCUUUGGGAGCUGCUUCUCAGAUAAACUCUUUUUAUAGAUCUGGAUUUGGAACUCCUCUAAGUUCUCUCCCUCAUGGCCGUGGGCGUGGUAGGGGGAGAGGGCGAGGGAGGGGCAGAGGGCGAGGGAGGGGCAGGGGUAGAAGUGCCCAGAGGACAGAAAGCCCAGCAAGGUAUCCACUGAGAAACCAAAAUCCGACAACUGACCCCACCCAUCAAAUAAACUCGGAGCCCAUUCUAGUACAAGAAAGUGAACUGCCUGGCAUACAGCUGAGUCAAAGUGCCUCUGAGUCCAAAGAAACUCAAGCACAGUCUUUAAGUCAUGUGACUCCUCCAAUGAAUGGAGAUAACCCAGAUGUUGCUAAUGGUGAUGCCCAGUCAAAUGCCAAUUCAUGGCAGGUCGAGUCCAAAUUAGGAGGAAGCAUAAAACUGAGGAUAAAACGUACUGAGUGUUUAAACAAGUCUUUGAAGGAAAGUAGUCCUCCUUCUGUGGAAGAGAAGAGCAGUGUUGUUUCUGACUCUUUGCCUGAAAAGAAACUGCCAAUGUUGCCCUUGAAAAUUAGAAUUUCCAGAAGUGGGAAUGGUAAUUACACAACUGGAACUACAGAUUCAGAAUCUCCAAAGGGUGAGUCAUUUCCCAAAGAGCAGCUUAGUCAAGGAGCUGUCAGUGAUGGCUCUAAACCGUCAGUUGAAAAUGAAAUACAAAAUGGUGACAAUCAUAAAGUGUUGGACAUGGCAGGUGAGGAUGUCUCAAAAGUAGAUGCAGAGAAGCCAAUAGAAUAUAAUCAUACAACAGAGUUGUCUACAGCAGAGAUAGCAAACAAUGCAGAGAACAGCAUAGAGGAAGGUGUAGAUGAUCAGUUGAAGAACGCAACUUCUCAGCCAAGUCGAGAAGAUGUAGAGUUCUACAAGAACAGCAGUAAGUGGAAACCUAUUCCAGAGGUGUCUGCUGAAGAGAAAGCUGCUAUGGAGUCAGCAGAUAAGGACAAACCACUUGAUAUGAGUAUCCCGGUUGCAGAUAAAGAAAAAUCCCCGAGUGUGGUGGAAAGUGUCAACACCAAACCAGCUGAGCUAUCAGUGUCACACAAGAUACUGUCCCCUGAGGGUUGGGGGCGACUCUGGGAGCCAGUUGCAAAAAGUCCCUCUCCAGAGCCAGAGCCUGUGCCCACUCUUGAUGAGAAGACGGGCCUGCUGUUAACCAAAGGUAACCCCUGUGAAAUGCAACAAGAUGCAGAGCCAAAUAAGAUCCCUUGUAGCAAUGAGAAUCUCCUUGAAGAAAAGGUUUCCCCUGAAGUGAGACACAUGGAUGAUUAUACCAGACUCAAGUCAGCAUCAUCGCCUAUAGACAAAGCUAAACACAUGGCAAAUGGAGUAGGUGCUGCAAGUCCAAUAGAGAAGCAGGUGCCAUGGCAACCUAUGCUUCCUCUAAAUGAGGCCGGUUUGAUGCAGUUUCAUCCCUUCAUGCAUGUCACAAAUGCAUCACAACAGCUACAGCAGAAGCAAGAGAAAACAAUAAAUGCUUUGUCUGGGAGCAAGAUACCCUGGCUUGGACACCCAGGAAUCCCACCUCAGGAACUUCUUAGCCAGCUCCCUUUGCAAGGAAUGAAUCCUUUCCAGGCACAGUAUCUGGUGGCUCUACAUGCACAGUACCUUCUUGGUCAUGGAAAUUUGCCUUUCCUCCCCAUGCAAACUCCACAGCAAACCGCCCUACACUCAGACAUUAUUGGUGCUCACAAAGCCUCAGGAGGUUUAAUGAUACCUGAAGCUCACCCUCCAAUGAAUACGAAUCUCAUUAAUGGCAAUAUCCCACAGUCUGAUAGACCAGCAACUAACAGCAGUCAAAAGUCAAAACCUUCAGGAAAAUUGGGCUUGAAAAAAUCAGAAGAAAAAGUGGCCGAAGAAGCUGCAUUUUCUGAUCUGAGUGAGGAUGAAUUCCCAGAAAUCAACUUGACAUUUACCAACAAAAAUGACAGUAGUGACAGCAGUGAUGAUGAGGUGCUGAAAGUGUCUGUUGUCCAACCUAAGAAACCUGAAAUAAAGAGAAACCGGGGAAUGGAUAAGAUGAAUGGAACAAGGAGUAGUUUGGACUCCAUAGAUGAUAAGAGUAUGGAGAGUUCUGCAAGCUUCAGUUCCAGAACACCGCACAACCUGUCUUCACCUCAGUAUGAAUUUAAUAUGCAGAGAUCCAGCAUGGUGAAGAAUACUGUUGAAACGAACGGACCAUUUUCUCCUGAUAACUCACUUCAAGAUGUCCUGCCUCAGGGUAGAGCGGCAAAAACAAAAGCGAGACAGCAAAUGAAGCGAAUGAAAGUUUUAAGGAAUAGGACCAAGUCGGACAGCAAAUCAGAUAUAGACAUCACAGAGAACAAAGAUGUACCUUUGGCUGAAAAAUCAGGUGUUCAGUUUAGCACUGAAGAGCAAUAUUCAGAUAUGUCUGCAGUGACAGAAAUAUCAGCUUCUCCAGUAAGAGCUGUGUCCAACUCUGUGUCAGACUCUCUUCCACCUUUCACUAAGUCUGAAAUGCUCACCAGUCCCAACCUAACCAGCCCAAAUUCAAACAAAUCACAUGAUGCAUUUAACCCAUUUGAAAAUGAAUUUAUGAGGUUCUUGCAACAGAAAACCUCAGUUGAGAAAGAUGAACCCUCUGCGUUGGAAUCUGAUUUGAUUGACAAAAGCUCAAAUGUGGAAGAUGAAUUAUCAGAAAGUGAAACGGGGUCUAAUAAAUCAAAGAAGAAACCAGUACGUGCGAAAAAGACGAUUCAACAAAAGUCUCGUAGUCGUAAGCCUUCUGGUGUGAUAGAAGAGCCCUUGGAUGAACUUCCUUCUAAACGCAUAACCAGGGCAAGACUGAUGUCUGGUGAGUCUAUUUAUUGUGAGGACAGUGAGCCAGAAGAGGAAAACAUACCCAUAGAAACUAAAAAAGCUACAAAACAGAAAAAAUCGGUUCCCACAGAAAUGGAAAAAGUCACAAAACAUAAAUCUUUAUUUCCAGAAGUUGAAAAAGUUACUAAAAACAAAACUUCAUUACCCACAGAAGUGGAUAAAGUCACAAAAUGCAAAUCGCCCUUCUCUUCAGAAGUUGAAAAAGUUACUAAAAAUAGAAAAGCUGCAACAAAGGACAUCGAUCAAACAAGUGAAGGUGAAAAAGUUGCACAAAAUGAAAAUGUAUCAUCUAAGGACUUGAAUACAUCAAACGGAAAUGAGAAGGCUACUGAACUUAAAGCUGCAUCACCAAGGGACUUGGUUCAAAGAAAUGAAAAUGAAAAAUUUACAAAAGCUAAAAGUGCAUUACCCAAAGUCAUGGAUAAAACUAAAGUUAAAAGUAAGGAUGCAAAAAGUAAAAAUUCAUCCAAGGACUUGGAUGGGACAACUGAAAGCAAUAUUUCCAUGCCUGUUGAAAAGGAGAAAAUUUUAAAGAAUAAGACUCCUAAGAACACCAGUACAAUUCCAGAUGAUAUCUUUGACUUCUUAAAUGAAAGCCCCAAACAAGAGGAAGAAGUUAACAAGGAAACAACUGAGCCUCUGGCAACAGAACCUGUAAAGAAAGGAAAGACAAAAAUGACAGAAAGAAGAAAAAUUGAGAAACAAAAAUCAAAAUUGACAGAUGUGUUUGUGUUUGAUGAAAACGAUGAUGAAAAAGACACUACUAAAUUGUCAGAUACUCUUACUAUGUUUAAAGAUGAUGAGGUUCUUACCUCUACACCCAAAUCUGGACAAGAAAGUGUAUCUGUAGGCCUACCACAAAAAUCUAACCUGAAAACUAGACCGAGCCCUCGCUUAGCAGAUAAAACCAACAGUGAGAAGAACAGAGAAAAAUCCAGAAAGCGGGUUUCACGUGAUGUUGCCUUACUUUGUGAAAACACUGGAGAUGUUGACCUAGGAAGUAAAAGACUAAGAACACGCAAAUCUUCCACUCAGGGAGAAGAAUUGAAUAAAUCAUUCUCUGAAAAAGACUAUUUUGUUCCAGUGAAACCAGGGUCACGGAAAACAAAGGCAUCAAAAAGUCCUCGCAAUGGAAUGAUUAGUGCAGAAAAAAUGGUUAGUAAUUCUCUAGCCUGUGAAGUCUUUUCAGUUACUGAAUCUUCUAUUGAUAUUCCAUUUAGUCCAGUUAUAGGAAAGGAAAAUACUACAAAAUCUGAGCAAGAACCAGAAAAGAAAACCAGCAAAAUUUCAUCAUCAGAGGAAUCUGCAAUGGAAAAAGAGAUCACAAAUCUUUUAGAUGAACCACAGAAAGAUAUUGAUGACUUUGAUGAUAUAUUCGCCAAAGUGUUAGGAACAAACAGUGAAACAAUAACUAGUCAAUCACCGGAGAGAAUACCUACAAAGCCUUCAGGACCAAAAAGAAAAGCACAGCAACGAAGUGAUAAUGAAAUAGCGUCACCAAAACAAAGUAGAACUUCAGUGAAACAGGCAGGUAAGCAGAGAAGAACAUCCACAUCACCGAGGCAACGAAGACCUUUUUCCUCUCCUAAACAAACCUUGUCACCUGCAGCAUCUAAAAACUUUUCAGAUAGUGUCUUUGACUUUGAACUUGAAGAUAGUGGGGCCAUGUCGUCUGGGCUGGACAUAGAUGCCCUCAUUGAUAAAGUAUUUGAUGAAAAAAAGGAAAAGAAGAACACAUCAUCUAUUAUGCCAACAACGUCUAUAACCCCAGCUACCAAAAAGGACAUAAUGGCAGAUUUAGACAAAGAAUCACAAAUGGAAGAAGGCAAAGUUAUUUCUAAGUCCAAUUCAAAAUCAAAAGCGAGGGCUAUUUCCAAGACAACAAAGCGUAAUUUUGCUAAUAGAGCACCAACCAAAAGCAUGGCUGCCAAGCCUACUGCAGCACAGGAGAAAUCUAAUGAAGAGUCUGUGAAACUUAAGCGAUUUCCUAAAAAGAAGCCAGUAGCUAUUUAUAGUGACUCGGACAGUGAUUAUGAUGAAGUGUUCACAUCCAAGGACAAGGUCCUUGAAAAAAGAAAGGAAGACCAUUUGGUUGACCACUGUCAACAACUACUAACUUUCAGAUCAAACAUCUGCAAAUUCUUGCUAACAAUAUUCCCAGACAUUCAGUAUGUUGGAGACUUCAACCCAGAAAGUGAUGAUGUAGAGGACUUGAUGGAAGAUAUUGGAAAGUGUGUCACUGGCCAGAGCUUUGACAUUACAGCAGACCUUCAAAAGAUUCACUGUGGGCAUUUGACAAACAAACUUGCAGUUGGUUUAUGCAAAGCACCAGAAAAAUGCUGCAAUGUGUUGUGUGAUAAAGUGUGCAAUUUCUUGAGAGUGAUUCUCCCUGAUUUAGAUGUAUCAGGGGAAUUCAAGGAAUGUCGUUCAGAGUAUCUCAGACUGUGUAAAAUUAUGGACAAAGUGAUAGAUGAAAACAGCAGGCCACUUGUAUUACAACCAGCGCUUUUACCACAAAAAGAAAAUGACAAAACAAGUGAUCAGAAUGACAAGAAAGAUCAAGAAACAUUGAAUGAAAGUGUGCAAACAACUGAUACAGUUGCGAAUGACACAGUGCAAAAUGAACAUUGUGAAAGCUUAUUCAACUUCAACAAUAACAAUUCGUAUUUAUUAAACAAGGCAGAUUUACCUAUAGCACAUAAGAGCAAGACAACCCAAAGUGACAGUGAUUCCUCUUCUAGCAGUAGCAGUGAUUCCUCCAGUGACUCGUCAGAUAGUGACAGUGAUAGUGAUAGUAGCACUGCCAACAAAACCAAGAAAAAAACUAAGAAACGGAGCUCCAGCUCCAGCAGCAGUAGUGACAGUAGUGAUGAUGAUGAGGAUGAGAAAAAACAAAAGGCUGAAAAUCCUGCCCCAGCAGGUGAGAAACCAUCUGAUUCAGUGCUAGUCAAAAACCAGGAAAAGGACCAGGAAAAGCAUGACAUUUCAGGUGCUAGUGAAAUAAAUACAACCAACAAUAGUGAUGCUCCUUUAGAGAAAGACAAGAAAGAUAACGCCAGCUCCUCAAGUAGCUCUGAUGAUAGUAGCAGUAGUAGCAGCAGUAGCAGUGACAGUUCUGACAGUGAUAGUUCUGACAGUUCAGACGAUGAAUCUAAGAACAGUUCAAGCAGUGUUAGUAGUCCUGGAAGUCCAUACUUUUAGAUUGUUCCAGGAAAAUGGGUAUUUCAAAACUUGAGUAUCAAAAAAAAUCCCAUAAAUGAACUCGAGCUAAAGAUUUGGGACCCAGUGCAAUUACUCCUCACUGCUCUUGAAAUGACUAUAAGGUAUAAUACAGGAGUGACUUUGAAUAUGAGAACUUGUUUAACAACUUACAGGCAGCUAUAUCUCUGAACUCAACCAUUACCAUGAUAUCAGGUAGAAAAUAUUAUCAGCAGAGGUUAAAGACAUCAGGAGUACAUUGAAAUCCAUGACUUGUGUAUAACAUAGGCCCACACAAAUAUGAGGAUAGUCUCAAUGCUGCAUGGUUCUAAGGUGAUAACAUGGUUCUUGUCACUUCUAAAUGUGUGGGUAAAUUAUUGGGUAUCUGAGUCUGGAAAAUGUGAUGAUGAUUAUGUGUAUUAUUUAUUAAGUACAUAAUAUGUAAACCAUGUAAAUUAUUUUGUGAAAUUUUUAUAGUGUAUUAGCUGUGUAAAUAUGGUUUGUUGUGCAAACCGGUGUAUAUAAGUGUUCGAAAGUCUGAAAGUUUUAAAUAAUCCCAUUCAAGUUUAACGUUAUAUUUUCUCUGUAUAUUUGAGGCAAAUCUCACAUAAUUUAUUGAGUAAGUAAGAACAAAAGCUUACUGUACCCAUUUGCAUGUACAGAUAAUGAUAUUGCAGGCCCCAAUAUUUACCAUGCUAGUGUACAUCUGAUUUACUGCACAAAGUAAUGACACUGAUUUGAACUUUUGGGUUUUUCCUCCAAAUUCUGUUUCUGAUGUAUUGAAAAAUGAAAUAAAGCACAGUGUGGUCACACUUCAAUUUGUGACCUUUUGCAAAACUUUAAAACUUUACUAUGGGUGCUUGUUAGUUCUCCAGUUUAGAAAUUCAAACCUUUAUAAGAAAAUAAUCCUGUGGGGUCACAUGCUUAUCCGGAAAGAUGUUAUCUGCAGGAUUAUUCCAUUCGCCUAAAAAUAAGAGACUAAUAUUUCUGGGGAAAUUUUGGUAAGUGAUGCAGUUCCUGCCUUUUAUACAAAUACUCUGUAUUGUGCAACUAUGCUUGGUAAGAAUACAUCAUGCUUAUGGCUCCAAAUAGUUAAAUGAUUAUCAGUAUGGUGCACCUUAAUUUCUUAUUCAAAUAUAGUAUACUCCUCUUUGAGAGACAAAUGCUACUCAUUCAUUGUUGUAGAAUACCAUGGAGUGCAGCAUGUAACAGUACACUGGCUUAUUUCAGCCGUUAAAAUGGGAAAUUUAUUGAAUAUGUGUCAUUGACAGAUGUUGCAAUGUACAUUAUAGGUGCAUUCUCUGCAGUGAGGAUUUUUUUAGCAUGGAUGACAUGUUAAAAUUCUUGUACAGUACAUCAAAGUGUUAUAAUUCGUUGAACUGAUCCGAAUUAUUUAUUUUGUAAAUUGGCAACAGCCAAAGUCAUUGCCAAACAUAAAUGUUUGUACAGUUUGUGUAAUAGACUGUAAGGAUAUUAUUUUAAAUACAUUUUUAUGAAUCUUC